AGGUUUGUGUUCCUCCUCUCAACGCAAGAUGCCCUGUCUGUCGCUACGCAGUUCAAAACCUGAUGCGAGACUUCAGCCUUCAACGCGAGACUUUGAGCUGUUGCUAGGCAGCACAUGGGAUGGAUAUCAUAUACUUUUUGUUUAGAUGAGAGGUGAGCCUACAGCACGUCUGAGUGUGUCAGCGAUGGAUGGAUUAAUGGACAUGUGUCUGAGGGUUCCAGGAAAGAGGAGUUGUUCGGAAGAAACGGCAGCAACAGGUCUGUGAGGAUGGAACGAUAAUGACGCCACCUGCUGCUUGUGUUCAUGUGAAAGAUUAAGGAGGAAACAGAAUGACAGACUUCCACUUGUGUGACCACACCAAUUUUUGUGAUCAUGUUUUCUCGUCUAAUGGAAUUACGCUGUCUGGCAGGCAUCUGCUCGCAGGCAACAGGUAACAUGCAGGCUUCUAAACGCCUGACCCUAUCAGAGGCGAGAUGAGGCACCCAGAUGCUCGUUUACCAUGUGUAGCGUCCACUACAACCACUCCCUUGCUGCCAUGAGCGGAAACGACAUGAUGGCGCACUCCCUGACUCUGGAGCAGAAGACGGCGUUUGCCUUCGUGGGGAUGCUGCUGGUGUUCCUGGGGCUGCUGAUAGUAAGGUGUUUCAGGAUCCUGCUGGACCCCUACAGCAGUAUGCCGUCCUCCAACUGGGCCGACGGCAUCGAGGGGCUGGAGAAGGGGACGUUUGAGUACGCCCUUACUUAACACAGGGACACACACGUCCAUUAGAUGUCCUCAUAAACAGAAAUGCCUAUAAACACACAUACACACGGACGUGAAUACACUUUACACACAUGCAAACACACACGAGCAACCUCACACACACCAUUAAGACAUCUCCCUGUGAUGGACCAAACUAAGAGACUGAAGCUGUGUAUGUUGUUCAAUGUGCGUGCACUUUUAGUUCAGAGUCCCUUCUGCUGUACGUGACUAUAUGUCUGUUAUUGUGCGUGUCCGAGCGAGCGUGAUGCAGACGCGGUGUCAUAUUGUUUGCCCUUCUGCCUGGGGGCGUGCAUUUCAGCUCAUCGAUUUACACAGAGAUGGCUGAAGCUCCCUUUAACCCAUGCCUACAAGUUGAAUGUGUGUAGAUGAGGAGAGGCGGAUGCUCGUGGGACAGGGUGGGAAAUUAGGGUGCAGUGGGAUUAUUCAGAUGUAUUUUUGAAGACUCAGGGACACGAAUCCUUACGUGAACUCAGAAUGGGGACACAGAGUGGUUGCACCUCUGCACAGGAAUGUAUGUGGUUGGAUACAGGGUAUUAUGUCAAGCUAGUUAUUUGUGGACUAAUCCAAUCUGUUGGUGAUCCAAAGGAAUGCUGCUGCUGCUGCUGCUGUUGCUGUGUGUGUACAGAUUGGUCCUUUCCGUGGCAUCGUGCAAUGAAAGGCAACUGAACAAACUGUGAUUUAUGGUGUUACUGUUUCUAAAUGAUGCAAACGAAAGAACAAACAACUGUUUACUUAUGACGGUAUGUCUGCAAAGACAUGAUUUUUGGAUUGUCAAUUGUUCCGUCUGUCAAGCGUUCUGUCUAAAAGGUUGGCUGAUGCGACCACGCCAAAGAACUUUUAAGGGAAAUGAGGAUUGGACUCUGCUUGUUUUCUAAUGACAGGGAUGAACUCUCGCUAUACCUGUCUGCAGAGGAAAAGGUCACAUGGAUAACAGGGGUGGGAUGUCUGUCAGCACUGGACGUGAACAUCUUUUUCUCAGUCAUCCUCACCCUCUCUCUAACCCGCUCUCUUCCUUCCAGACAGAUGAAGUCCUGAGCAGAGACGCUGCGAUACGGCAGACUGGUCAAAGUCUUGAGUGUUCCUUUGCUAAUUUCUACGGUCUACGGUUUCUCCUUAGUGCUGUGAAUCUGCCUUACUGUGACCUUCAAUGGGUUUAUGUGCCUUCAUCUAGAAACAUUAGAGCACCUGUUUGUGUGUGUGCGCGUGUAUCAUGAUGACAGAUGCGUCUCCUGACCUGUUGCUUGCUCAGCUGGUGGUAGAGAUUUCUCAUUGAUAUAGAUUUGAUUCAAUGAUGUGAAAUAAAUAGAAUUUCUUCAAUUUAAAACAUUGUCGGUCAUACUUUUGCUAUUUGGGGUCUCUUAUUGCAAUUUGUGGAGCAUGUUGGGUAAAAAAAAAUGUUUCUGAGAUCAGUUUUACAAAUUAGCAUGAUACUUUAGGUCAGUUGUUCCCAAACUUUUUCAUGUCGAGGACCCCGAAACUGACACAAAUUAGACCACGGACCUCCAUUUGAUAAGAUUGUGUCCCAGAGUCCCCCAUCUGAUA